AUGGACAGGAUUUUCUCUGGCUUUCUUCUCUCUUUGCUGCUUCUCCUUCAGAGCUAUGGGGUCUAUGGGGCACCUCCGCGGACACAAGGCACCCUGUGCAGAACCAAGCCCACUGAUUUGGUGUUCGUCAUUGACAGCUCUCGCAGUGUGCGCCCACAUGAGUUUGAGAAAGUCAAAGUAUUCAUGUCCCGGGUGAUUGAGGGACUAGACGUGGGCCCCAAUUCCACCCGGGUGGGUGUCAUCAAUUAUGCCAGUGCCAUAAAGAACGAGUUCUCCCUCAAGACCUACCAAACCAAAGCUGGCCUCUUGCAAGCCGUCCAGAGGAUAGAGCCGCUCUCCACUGGGACCAUGACUGGCCUGGCUAUCCAGUUUGCCAUUAACCGCGCUUUUAGUGACUCAGAAGGGGCCAGGGUGAGGUCUCCCAACAUUAAUAAGGUAGCUAUUGUUGUGACUGAUGGACGUCCCCAGGACAGCGUGCAGGAGGUGCCAGCACGGGCCAGAGCAGCCGGCAUUGAGAUCUUUGCCAUCGGCGUUGGCCGGGUGGACAUGCACAUCCUGCGGCGAAUUGCUAGCGAGCCCCUGGAUGAUCAUGUGGACUAUGUGGAGAGCUAUAGUGUCAUAGAGAAGUUAACUCACAAGUUUCAAGAAGCUUUCUGUGUGGUGUCUGAUCUGUGUGCCACUGGAGAUCAUGACUGUGAGCAGAUCUGUACAAGCAUCCCAGGUUCAUACAAGUGUGCUUGCAAAGAGGGUUUCACAUUGAACAGCGAUGGGAAGACCUGCAGCGCCUGCAGUGGUGGGUCAGGAUCUGCUCUGGACCUUGUUUUCCUGAUUGAUGGCUCCAAGAGUGUACGGCCUGAAAACUUUGAGCUUGUGAAGAAGUUCAUCAACCAAAUUGUGGAAUCACUCGAUGUGUCAGACAAACAGGCCCAAGUCGGCCUGGUUCAGUAUUCCAGUUCUGUCAGGCAGGAGUUCCCUCUUGGGCAGUAUAAGAACAAGAAGGACAUCAAAGCUGCAGUCAAGAAAAUGGCCUACAUGGAGAAAGGAACAAUGACAGGCCAGGCUCUGAAGUAUCUCGUUGACAAUUCCUUCUCCAUUAUCAAUGGAGCUAGGCCUGGGGUUCCCAAGGUGGGCAUAGUCUUCACUGAUGGACGGUCACAAGAUUACAUCACUGAUGCUGCUAAGAAAGCCAAAGAUCUAGGCUUUAGGAUGUUUGCUGUGGGAGUUGGCAAUGCAGUGGAGGAUGAGCUCAGGGAAAUAGCUUCAGAACCUGUGGCUGAGCACUACUUCUACACGGUGGACUUCAGAACUAUCAGCAAGAUCGGGAAGAAGCUGCAAAUGAAAAUCUGCAUUGAGGAGGAUCCAUGUGAAUGUAAAUCUAUUGUGAAGUUCCAGACAAAAGUAGAAGACCUCGUAAAAUCACUGCAACAGAAAUUGGAAGCUGUGGCAAAAAGGAUCGAAGCUCUGGAAAACAAGAUCAUCUAAGAUCCUCGAAGUCUUUUAUUUCCCUCCUUUCUUAUGUAAUGUAACAAAACCAGAAGUCCUUCAUCUAUACCAAGGGCAGCUCAGCCACAGCCUUACGUCCAGCUUGUAUUUUUUAAAGAUUCUAGUCUACCUGCAUUUGUUUAAAAGAGAAGAAGUAUAACAGUAGGACACAGAUUGUAUAAUGGGCAGAACACUGCGUGUAACUGAGAGCCAGACCAUGCUAAUGUUCAUUGCAUCAUAUAGAGUGCAUACAUAAAAA